CGCUUGUGUUGUCAGUAAAUGCGCCGACACGGGACUGACUGCCUGUCCGUUUGUAAUUUCUUUAUUUACGUUACCAUACCACUGCUGCUUUUUACAGUCUGAGCCAGCGUAGCCCCUCCCCGGAAGUGUUGUAGCGUGGGCCGUCACGGGGCGCUCGGCUCUCCCUCUGUCCCCCCUCUCUCUCCCUCUCCAGCGUCGUCAUCAUCGUCCUCAUCGUCCUCACCGGCGACAGCGUCAGCAGCCAUGUCUGGGUUUAACCUGCUGCACCUGAUAUCCAAGAGCCAGCCUGUGGCUCUGCGGCCAUGCGGCCUCCCCUCAGGAACAUGCCGUACCAAGAAGACCUGGCCAGUGUCGUUCUCUCAGGAGGACCUGAGGAAACGCCUGACGCCCAUGCAGUUCCACGUCACUCAGGAGAAAGGCACUGAGAGUGCCUUCAGAGGAGAGCUGACCGACAACAAGGAGGAGGGCACCUACGCCUGCGUCGUGUGCGGCUCACCUCUGUUCACGUCAGACAAGAAAUUUGACUCCGGGUCAGGUUGGCCCUCCUUCUUCGACCUGAUCAAAGAGGAGUCCGUCGCCGUGACGGAUGACUUCUCCUAUGGGAUGCACAGGGUGGAGACCACCUGCGGCCAGUGCGGCGCGCACCUGGGACACCUGUUUGACGACGGCCCCCGCCCGACGGGGAAACGCUACUGCAUCAACUCUGCCUCGCUGGCCUUCCAGUCCAAGAGGGACGCCCUCAGCGCCUCCAGCCCCCCCACUGACGGGGAGGGGGCCGGGGCCUCUGGGGGCCCUCCCACGGGGGGGAAACCAGAGCUUUGAGACCGGCGGGAACUUGGACAGACACCAGGAACCCAAACACGGCCACUCCAUAUCCAAACUCAGGACUUCAAAUUGAGAAUUUCUGUGAUUUGCCAGAAAGAGUAAUAGUUUAAACCAAGGAAUGCGCUACUGUCUUUUCGCCUAUCAAAUGAUGUCAGAUCUGUGUUCAACUCGAGAAUGGGAGGGGCCCCUUUAAAGAAGUGAAAGGAGCAGGACCCUAGACUCUACUCCACCCCAGACACAGACCAAAUACUUCCCAACCAUAAUAUAUCAGCCAGAGAACUCCACAAUCUGAAAUAACACAGGCCCAAAUCGUCAGCUCAAGGACCCAUUGUGUUACCAUAGCCAAAAGCUGCCCAGGCACCAAGAAACAACCGCCUGCCUUAAUUCCCCAGGUCUGCACAAUAGAACUCUAGUCUGAGGUCUCAAACUUGGCCUCACAUUGCUCAUAUUGUCCUAGAAACGUAGAAGAAAGGUUUUGAUAAUACACGUCCAUGUGCUGUCUUAUUUUUCGCCUCUCAAUGUACCGAAAGCCCUUUACUUGGAAGUGAAUUAUACAUGUGUACUUUCUGUGAGCAAUGUGUUAUUUUUUGAAGUGAUAUUUGAUCCGGAGAGGUGGAGGGUUUAAGGCAAAGCGCUAUGCAAGUGCUCCUGUGAGUUGUAAAAUAAGCAUCAAGCCGAGAACAAAGCAUUCUUUCACAUAAAACGGAACAGAUGACAAAUGUUUAGUCUGAACACAAAAUAUACCCUGGCUUUUUUAAGGGUGCGUUUCCCACUCCCUGUACCUUUGGGGGCUCACUGCGUUGAGUUGAGUAUUUUCUCUGGGUUUUCAUUCACCGAAUGCGUUGACAAGGGAUAUCGGAGAUUUGUUGAAUAAAAACGUGAAAACA